GAAAAGAUUAAUAAGGUGUGGAAUAUAAGGCAAAGAGACGAUGAAUCAAUACUAGCGUAUACUUACCAUUAUGAAUCGCUUGUAGUUCCGGUAAAAACAAUGAUCAAGAACUAUGAGGAAAUGUAUUGGUAUACUUUCGGGUUAUGUGAAUCGUACCAAUGGCAGGUUGAAUCAAUGUGUCCAAUAACGUACGACGAAGCAAAAGAAUGUGCAUUGGAAUUGGAAACAGAAAUCAAUGAUGGUGGGAUGCAAGGAAUAGAAAUAGGCAAUACGUUAGUUAAAGCUGAUGCUGAAGUCAAAAAAAUUGGA